UUAAAGAAAAUCAUAUUUAUAGCUGGCCACUUUUUACCGAUACGUGGCAUAGGCACGAACAACUUCCACGUUCGCCGCCAUUUUGACAUCCAGCGAAUAGUAUAGACCUCAGUGGAUUAAGGCGUUUUUACUUUAAAUUACAUAUAUUCCUCGAAAAAAUACAGCUCAUAAACUUUCAAAAUGGGGAAUAUGUUUGCAAAUUUAUUUAAAGGCCUAUUUGGCAAAAAGGAAAUGAGAAUAUUGAUGGUUGGUCUUGAUGCAGCUGGUAAAACCACAAUCUUAUACAAACUUAAAUUAGGUGAAAUUGUUACGACGAUUCCCACUAUUGGAUUUAAUGUGGAGACUGUAGAAUAUAAAAACAUCAGUUUCACCGUGUGGGAUGUGGGCGGUCAGGACAAAAUUAGACCUUUAUGGAGGCAUUACUUCCAGAACACACAGGGUCUUAUCUUCGUAGUGGACAGUAAUGAUCGGGAGCGUAUUGGCGAGGCUCGCGAAGAGCUCAUGCGAAUGUUGAGCGAGGAUGAGCUGCGAGAUGCCGUGCUACUCAUCUUUGCAAACAAACAGGAUCUGCCGAACGCAAUGAAUGCUGCCGAGAUAACAGACAAGUUGAGUCUUCAUUCACUGCGCAACCGCAAUUGGUACAUCCAAGCCACUUGCGCCACUUCCGGGGACGGUCUCUACGAAGGUCUAGACUGGCUUUCCAACCAGUUAAAGAACGCUAACCGCUAGACUGUGCGAUACAUCUACAACAAAGACUAUGGUUUAAUAUGUUAAAUUUAUUUGCUAAUGUAAUAUGUGCGGAAUUUGAUUAUGUAUUACUCUGAUUUUGCAACUCGCUUACUGGAUCCAUAGCCCCCUCCACACACCCCGUGGUCUUCGAUUGUACAAAUGCCACAACAUGUGCAGUAUAGUCGUUGGAUUGUGUUUAUUGUAAUAAUUAACUUGUUCGAUAUCCUACGAUUUUGAACAAAUAGUGUAAAGUUAUUUAAAACAUUACAAAUUCAAUUAAUAUUUAUCUGUAAACGAAAGUAUAUAAACUGUCUUGUACAUUUGUUGGCGCAUUGUGAUGUGGAUAGGUACAUUGUAGCUGACUCGUGAUAAAGUGAAUCACAGCAUAUGUUUUAUAUGUAUACUAUAAUGUGGAAUAAGUUGUCGUAAUAAAGUAUUUAAAGUUUA